GAGGGCAGGAUCGUGCUGCGGUUGCGCAGCCUGCGCGGCGACGCCGACCUGUACGUGUCGGACGGCACGCUGCACCCCAGCUUCGACGACUACGAGCUGCAGUCGGCCACGUGCGGCCAAGACGCUGUCGCUGUCCCGGCGCGCUUCCGGCGACCGGUGGGCAUCGGCGUCUAUGGGCACCCGUCCCACCUGGAGAGCCAGUUCGAGAUGCGCGUGUACCUGGACGCCACCGCCGACCCACUGGGUGCUGCAGACACUCCGGCAGGGAGCCCGCAGCGCACGCCCGCGCCCGAGGACGGACCCCGGGACGACGAGUCGGUGCUCUGGACCCUGCUCUUCAGUGUCCUGAAGCUGGUCCUCGAGGUGCUGUUCUGACCUGGCCGUGUGCAGAGUCGCCUCGGCCUGAACGUGCCGUAGGUCUGGCAGGAGAGAAGGCCGGGCAGUUUGUGAUGGCGGACACAGCAGGCACAAUGUUGGUUUCCUUCAAAGAUCCAAGUCCCCACACAGAGUGUGCACAAUAAAAUGUUUAAACUCCA